AUGAACAAGCUUCACGUUUCAAUGACAGAUCAGGAGGAUUUAAGAAGCUCUUCUCCAGGUGUGGGAAGUGACAGCAAACACCAGUGUCAUAUUUUGGACCUGUCGGGUGUUGUCUGGUGUUUUCAGGAAGCGCUAAAUGUGGAUAGUUCUGCCCAGAGCAGUAACUGCGACUGCUCUGGAGACCAGACGCUGGCCAGCUCUCAGACCACGUCAGGAAUUUCAUCUGGGCAGGGGGUUUCAGCGGCCGAGGGCUGCGUGGGGGCAUUCUCAGGUGGAAGUGACUCUUUGGGACCAAAGCUUAGCUCAGCCUUUGAAACUAAGGAAUACCGUGAGGUGCAACAUGAAAUACGGCAGUUCACAGCUUCUGAGGUGCACACUCCGCCCACCAGCUUGCAUAUCAGCAGCUGUGAGAUCCGGGCCUUGAACCGGGGCAUUGCUGCUGUCAAAGAAGAUGCAGUCGAAAUGCUGGCCAGCUACGGGCUGGCGUAUUCACUGAUGAAGUUCUUCACGGGUCCCAUGAGUGACUUUAAGAACGUGGGCCUGGUGUUUGUGAACAGCAAGCGUGACAGGACCAAAGCCGUCCUGUGCAUGGUGGUGGCCGGUGCCAUCGCCGCCGUCUUCCACACCCUGAUAGCUCAACACUGUCGUGUUCAGGGACCAAAGCUUAGCUCAGCCUUUGAAACUAAGGAAUACCGUGAGGUGCAACAUGAAAUACGGCAGUUCACAGCUUCUGAGGUGCACACUCCGCCCACCAGCUUGCAUAUCAGCAGCUGUGAGAUCCGGGCCUUGAACCGGGGCAUUGCUGCUGUCAAAGAAGAUGCAGUCGAAAUGCUGGCCAGCUACGGGCUGGCGUAUUCACUGAUGAAGUUCUUCACGGGUCCCAUGAGUGACUUUAAGAACGUGGGCCUGGUGUUUGUGAACAGCAAGCGUGACAGGACCAAAGCCGUCCUGUGCAUGGUGGUGGCCGGUGCCAUCGCCGCCGUCUUCCACACCCUGAUAGCUUACAGUGACCUAGGCUACUACAUCAUCAACAAGCUGCACCACGUGGACGAGUCGGUGGGGAGCAAAACAAGAAGGGCCUUCCUGUAUCUCGCUGCCUUCCCUUUUAUGGAUGCGAUGGCAUGGACCCAUGCUGGCAUUCUCUUAAAACACAAAUACAGUUUCCUGGUGGGAUGCGCCUCAAUCUCAGAUGUCAUAGCUCAGGUUGUUUUUGUAGCCAUUUUGCUUCACAGUCACCUGGAGUGCCGCGAGCCCCUGCUCAUCCCGAUCCUCUCGCUGUACAUGGGCGCGCUCGUGCGCUGCACCACGCUGUGCCUGGGCUACUACAAGAACAUCCACGACAUCAUCCCGGACAGGAGCGGCCCGGAGCUGGGGGGGGAUGCAACAAUAAGAAAGAUGCUGAGCUUCUGGUGGCCCUUGGCUCUGAUUUUGGCUACGCAGAGAAUCAGCAGGCCUAUCGUCAACCUCUUUGUCUCCCGGGACCUUGGUGGCAGUUCGGCAGCAACAGAGGCAGUGGCGAUCCUGACAGCCACAUACCCCGUGGGUCACAUGCCGUACGGCUGGCUGACGGAAAUCCGCGCUGUCUAUCCCGCUUUUGACAAGAAUAACCCCAGCAACAAAGUGGUGAGCACGAACAACACUGUCACGUCUGCCCACAUCAAGAAGUUCACGUUCGUGUGCAUGGCCCUGUCACUGACGCUCUGUUUCGUGAUGUUUUGGACCCCCAACGUUUCCGAGAAAAUCCUGAUAGACAUCAUUGGAGUGGACUUUGCCUUUGCAGAACUCUGUGUGGUUCCUCUGCGCAUCUUCUCCUUCUUCCCAGUUCCAGUCACUGUGAGGGCCCAUCUCACUGGCUGGCUGAUGACCCUGAAGAAGACCUUUGUCCUGGCCCCCAGCUCUGUGCUGCGGAUCAUCGUCCUCAUCACCAGCCUCGUGGUCCUGCCCUACCUGGGGGUCCAUGGAGCCACACUAGGUGUGGGCUCCCUGCUCGCUGGGUUCGUGGGAGAGUCCACCAUGGUGGCCAUAGCCGCCUGCUAUGUCUAUCGGAAACAGAAAAAGAAGAUGGAGAAUGAGCCGGCCACUGAGGGGGAGGACUCCGCGAUGACCGACAUGCCGCCGGCAGAGGAGGUGACAGACAUCGUAGAGAUGAGAGAGGAGACUGAAUGAGCAUGGACCCCGCAGGGCACUGCAGGGACGGGUGGAAUGACACUUCAGCAUCAUCUCUCCCCUCACCCAUCGUGUUUUGUUGUUGUUUUGUUUUGUUUUUUGGUAAUGAAAGAGGCCUUGAUUUAAAGGUUUCAUGUAAAUUCUCUAGCAUACUGGGUAUGCUUACACCGACGUGGGGGACCGAGAGAAAGGUCUUUACUGUUGCUUUGUAAACACAGACAAAACAAUGGACCUCAUGCCCCUGCUUUACGAAAACCCAGGACAUGGCUGCCUCGUCUUUGAAGCUGUCUCCUCCCCGGACAAUCUCCACUUGGAACCAAAGGACUGUGGGUGUGCCACUGUCUUUCUCGGGCCACCACUGCCCAGCAGGCCACAGACUCUAUCCCAUCCCUUUUCCUUUCUCUUAAGAAUCAACAGGUUCAAAUUCAGCUUCCUUUGAUUUGCCUCCCAGUGUCAUGGCUGCACAGAGAUGUAACCCCUACGACAUUUCCCUCCCCCACGGAGUUACCAACGUCUGCUACGCACAUGCAGAAGGUGGGUGCAGGCUGCAGUCUGGAGUUGCCAUUCACAUCAAGGGACAGAGGACUGUCACCGCACCAGCCAGUGCACGGAAAUCUGCCGGGGAAAGGUUUGAGAUGCCGUCGGACUGGGGAAGUGACACCAUCUGGCGAUAGCCUUUCCCCUGGCGUGUUCCUAGAUCUGAGGGAGCUGUCAGUCAUAGCCCACCGUGUAUAUACAUGAGCUAACUUUAAUGCUGUCACGAAAGCGCAUCUCCAAACUUCCGCAGCUUCCCGCAUGACUUUUCCAAAGGCUUGCUUUUCACUCGCACCUCCUGAAGAUGGCACUAGAGCGAGUUAAAUGGAGCGUUCUAACUUUACAUUUAGUUUUUACAGUGAACUGAAGCUUUAAGUCAUAAUCUAGCAUUCUAAUGCCAGGUUGCCGUAUUGUAACUUUUGAGUAGAUGUUACCUGGCCCUGCCAUUCUUAGUCAUAACUAUGCGGUACAGGUAAUUUGGAGUGUACUAUGGUACUCCCUCCCACCACCACAGGAUAACGCAAGACAUUUUAUAAACGAUCUCAAAGUCACUAUGUGAUAUUCCCUGAAAUAACGCAUUUGAAAUCCAUUUAGUGCAGUAUAUUUUUCUAAGUUUUGGAAAGCGGGUUUUUUCCUUUAAAAAAUUAUGGACACAGUUCACUAAAUUCUUGAUUUAGUCGAAAUUCCUAGACUGAAAGAACCUAAACAAACAAAAAAAUAUUUUAAAGAUAUAAAUAUAUGCUGUAUAUGUUAUGUAAUUUAUUUUAGGCUAUAAUACAUUUCCUAUUUUCGCAUUUUCAAUAAAACGUCUCUAAUACAAUACGGUGAUUGCGUGCGUGCUCAACACCCCUGCAGGUGGAAGGUGCUGUUACCAGGGCUCACUGUACCCCACUGAGCAAUCGCAGAGUCUGUCAUCUGCAGAACUGUACGGUCAGUAAAUGACAAGAGCACUGUCUUUCAGUAUGGGUGUCAAUGGGCCACGUGUGUAAACGGUAGUGGGGACAGAAGGGUCAGCUGGGUGAACAGAAGAGUCCAAGGCAGACUUCUGUGUCGUAUUGGAUUCGGUGCUGUACGACCGUAAGAAUGUAAGGGCGGAAAGUCAGUUGUGAAUAUAAAGGGCUGCAUUCACCUUCUGGAUCCCUGGUGCCCGCUGUGUGCCCACCAUGGGGACAAGGCCUUACUUGCUUCCUCAGAGCUGAUAGGUGAUAGAUCAAUUGAUCUAUGAAUUAAGAUGCAGAGCUACCUGAGGAUGGUUUCAGGGGCAAAUCUGAGCUUGAAUAAGGAAUACCUAUCUAAUCGUAUCAGCUUUUUAAAUAUACAUGAGAAAAUCAGGCAGCAGUGUUUUUUUGUUUUGUUUUGUUUUUUAACAUAUGUGACUGUUUGAUGCUUGUGGAGUUGGAGUAAAGUGAAAAAGCAGAUCCUUGCCCUCUAAAUCCUGGAAGGAUCAGCACAACUCUUCAUUAUGCAACUAGAACAUGUAAUUCUAACUCCGGAGACACCUUCAGUGAUGAAGAUUAACGGGCCAUAACAUUUUGUUAAGUGUUUCCGAGAACAGGAAGCAUUGCCAGACCCUGACCAUGACUAUGGAGCUGUGCUUUUGCCCGACUUGUUCGAACCUUUGCCUUGAAGCGCAUGAUCGACCAUUCACGUAUUUCCUUCACUUGGUUGCUUAGGUCACAGCCUAACAAACACCUCAACUUCUGAGGCAAAACUUACAGGGGCUGGCACACUCUCCUGCAUCUGUUCUGGCCAAGAGUUCCAUCAUCCAGGUGGACGGGCACGAGAGGAAGUGAAGCCAGGGAGGAGAGGAUGCUCUUCCUUCCCACUGUUCAGUCUUUAGGGGCAGUCCUUUGAGUCUGCUGGGCAAAGAAACUUCUCUAAUGCAUGCUUACUUUCCAUCGCAGGCUGUUCUGGCUGGCAAAUCAGUUUGGAAGGGCACCAUGUGCCUGUGAGAUUCUGGACCUUGGAAAGUCCAGGUGUGACUUGCUCAAGGUUGAGUGCUUCCAGACAGAUAUCAUCGAAAAACGCAAGGGCAUAAAACAGGUUUUCAUCUAAAUGCUGAGAACUGAGUUUGGGCAGCUCAGGGCAAAGUCUUUCUACAGUGAAGACCACCACUGAGCCAGCCAAGGUCAGAGUCACUCCUUCAUGGGCCUGUCUUCCUUGCUACUUUGAGAGGCACACAGAAAGUCAUUCCAAACAGGCAGCUACCAUGUGUUCUGCUCGUACUUAGAGGGAGCCCGGUGGCACAGGGCCUGUCACACACUCAGGGACUGAGCAAAAGGAGCUAGAGGAUCCCUGCUCUAGGAGAGUUGUGAUUGGAUUGGACCAACUGGCCAGGUGGCUCUGGGAGUGUUAAGAGAUUUGCAGGUUAGGAGGAAAUCCCUGCCCAUUUGGGCUUCUGAAAUUGGGAAACAGACGGCCUGUUCUUUGCAUCACUGGGUAAAGACCUAUCACUUCCCCUCUUGCUGCUUGCGUUGGGCUGGUCUUGUGCCAAAGGCUCUCUUCUCUUGUUCCUGUGUUUGUUUGUUUUUUAGCAUUAGUAUGUAUUCUGUAAUGGAAAUGUCCAGGGAUGGCGAGUCUCUUAGAAACAACAUUUACUUUUGGCAUGUGUCUACUGGAUGCUUUGUUACAACAGUGAAAGCACCUUACACUCUCUUGAGACUUGCCAAUAACUAACCUUGUGAGGGAGAGGGAGUGGAAAGUCCAGGAGAAAGGUGUGGGGGCACCUGGGGGCUCCUGAGGUGGAACUGGAGCUGGGCCGAGUUCUUUAGACUUGGGGCAAGUCUCAGGCCACCACAGUGGUCCUCUCACUCAUAGCCCCUCCUAGAUCUGUCUCAGAGCAGAAACACUCAUCAUACUUCCCAACAGCAGAGCAGCUGUUCAGUUAGAGCUUUAGAGUAAGAAGUGAGGAGGCCACAGCCCUCUACCCUCUUCAUUAGUCCCCAUUUAAAAUCUUUUCUUCUGGAGGGAAGGCAAAGGAAGAGUAACUUUUUUUGUAUCCUUGAUUUCUAGAAACACAUUGAUUUAAAGACUCAGUAGCUCUUCGUCUGGCUUCUUCUUUUCCUUGAAAGUGAAAUAAGCCAAGAGUAAAGAGUAUGUGUGGCAAGAUACAAAGUACUUAUACACAUUGCUAUCAUUAAAUGACAUUACCUGGAGAGGACAUUUUCUUGGAUCUAGACAUUUUUCUACUUCUAAACCUCUAAGCAGACCAGUAUCCAGGACAUGUGCUGGCUUUACCAGUCAGCCAUGGUUUCUAGCCACUGACUACAGGCGAGCUGACCCCUAAACUCAGGAUGAAAUCUUCCAUCACUCAUACAUGCACAGUCCUGGAAAAGGGGUCUUUCUGAAUCCUGCCUCCUGCUCCUCCUCCAAAGCCAAGAUUGCAGCACAGCUGUGGUAGGGCUUUGGGCAAGUGUUACAAUGUCUAAGUGGCAGCCGGCCACUUCCCUAAAUCCAGCUGCUCUGCCUGCAUCCUCCAGACAGUCCCCUCCACAUGGCCUUCAUACUGCUCUUUUAUAAAAAGCAUUUGAACCAUAAAAAAGCAUGUUUUUGAGCAACGUGUUUGGUCAGCAUUCAAGAUACUCCUCUGCCUGGUUAUUUUGAAUCUCGAUUCCUGUCAUUUGAAGCAGCAAAACAUCACAUGACUCAUCAGCUGAUCUAACCACACAUAAAACAGGAUGUAGAGAAAAUCUAAAAAAAAAAAAGGUAAGAAAAGGCCCUAUUGCCUGCCCUUUCAAAGGCUAAAUGUCUAAAAUUAACUACACAAAUGUCCAAAAUAAGAGAACACAUAUAAUGUAAUCAGAAUUAUCGAAACUCCACGGAGAAGGCAGAAAAGGUAAACAAAUCAUUGGGUUUAUUGUCAGAUCUCAAAAGGGAAAAAUAUUGAAGAGACGAGACCUUGUUUUAAGUUUAGACUUGAUUUUCUUCUCAAGAAGGGAGGUUAGCUCUAGUAGCCACUGGUGGUUCCCUGCUGGGAUGAGCAAUCAAGGUGGGCCUCCCAGAUCAGUAAAACCAAAAAUUCUCUUUGCCAAGUCCAAGUGGUUCCAGGAGAUUUAUAGCCAAUAACUUCCAGAACAUGUUAGUGAUCAUUUUUUCCCCCUCUGAUUCUUUUGUAACCAACCAGGGUCUCUAAAGAAGACUGUAUAAGAUAUGCAUGUAUUUUAUAGAUGGCUGUCCGCGACACACAGACUCAGCAUACGUUUUUUAUAAGUACCUCUUUUUAGGUUAGGUCACAAAACUUAAAGUGCACUUUACUAACAAGCCUUGACAUCAGCUUCUGCUAUACAUAUAUUUAAACAAAAACGCACAAGAACUCAGAACCUUCCUUUCUCCAGAAGGGUCAGUGGUUUCUCUGGGUUAAAGAAGGGACGAGAUGGGGACAGGCCAGCUAAAAAUGACUGUAUCAAUCACUAUUCAACUUAGUGCAGAUUCAGUGACGUGGAGAUUGGUUGUGACUGUAAGAUUUAGAAGCGGAUGUUGCCCAACUGUGAACCCAGGACAAAAAUGGUGCCUUGAAACCACUGCAGCCAGGUGGUUCCCUGAAGUGUGGGGCCACAAACAUGUAGGAACCAGUCUGAAUGAACCAGUUAUUGAUGGCGAAGUUCAAACUACUCUCAUGUGACAAAGGAGGUACAGGGUACACAUCAACCCCAAACAUCUGGCCCAUUCCCACUGGGGUCCCACAUCCAUAAGGCUUAGAUUCGAGGAUAUAUUUUGGUUUGCUUAAUGAUAUAUUGGUAGGGUAACUAUCUAAAGCUGGUAUGACCAUCAAAGGGCUUCGGGAAACUGGACAGAGCCACACACACGAGAUUCUGUUUCUUACCAGCAAGCCGAGGCUCAUCAUUCAGGGAAGGACUUCCAGGCUAGCGACCUUGGGCCCAGAGCGUGACCUUCCACAUCACACACCUCUCCAGCUUCCCUUGCUCACCUGUCCAGUGAGAGACCUAGGUCAUUAUUGCUAAGGCUCCUACCUGGUCUGACAUUCUAGGAAUGAUCUAGGAUUUAGAACAUGGUACAGGAUCCUACAACGCGGAAAUAAAUUUACCUCAUUCAUUUCAGAUCUGAACAUUAGUCACAAUCCUUUUUUUUUUUUUUUCCUCCCACAAAAUUAAGUCUACUGGGAGUCAUU